UCCAAGAAGUUUGAGGCUGCUGGAUGUUAAUCAAUUUCGAAUCGAGCUAGUCUAUUAUCAGUAAGAUCUGCGUAUGAGAGCAAUAGACGAGUUCAUGGCCACACCACCACAAUUCAACAGUAUAGCCAGGACGUCCAAAGAGCAAGUAUUGUAGAAGACGAGUUACGUUAUCAAGCUGCCCGCGCUUGAAUCUCGUGUAUAGGGGGAACUUCGUUUAGCAAAGGUGGCACAGGAUUUUAUUUUUCUCAACUCCUUGUAACUAGUUGCCGUGGGAAUGUCUCAUUCGUGCAACAGGUGUUACAUAGGGAAACAUUGUAUGAUUUCCUAAUUAGCUAUCGAUAACGAGCUACGUCGUAAAGCCAGACAGAGCAUUGCUGCAAGUAUGGCAGACCUGAGAACAUUCAACGUUGUGAUUCUUGGUGUUGGAUUUUUGUUAAUUUUUACAGCAUUUACAACGUGUGGAAACAUUGAACAAACCCUCAUUAAGAGCUUGGAUAAUGGUAGUUUCACUGGAAGUGGGUACGACAGCCUGGGAAUCAUCUAUGGAGUGUUUUCCUUCUCAAAUUUACUUGCUCCAACCGUUGUUGCUGUAAUUGGACCACAGAUUACCAUGUUUUUCAGUGGAAUUCUGUACAGUGGUUACAUAGCCGCAUUCAUCACUCCAUCAGUAUGGUCCUUUUAUUUAACUUCAGUAUUAAUCGGCAUUGGAGCAGCCAUGCUUUGGACUGCUCAGGGGCACUUCCUUGUGGAGAACUCUGAUGCUGCCACUAUUAAUAGGAACACAGGGAUGUUUUGGGCGCUUCUACAGUGCAGGUUAAACCGAAUCCUCACAAAAUCAGAAUUCCGUAAGUUCGUUAGGUCCUUUGACUUAUCAAACCUAUGUAUUUUUGUAUUCCCUGAUCACUGUCUUUUGCUCAUUUUUAUGUUUUAUUUAUUUAAAGAAACAAUUAUACAACUGCUUAAAACCAAAACAAUAUUGCUCCUGAGCUGCUGUAUGGCAUACAGUGGCCUUGAGCUAUCCUUUUACAGUGGGGUAUAUGGGACAUGUAUUGGAGCAACAGCCGAGUUUGGAGAAGCAUCUAAAGGGUUAAUUGGCAUCUCUGGCAUUGUAGUGGGAGUUGGAGAAAUAGUUGGUGGAGGUUUAUUUGGGCUAAUAUGUAAGAACAACCGCUUCAGACGCACAUCUGUGGUCUUCUUGGGAAUGGUCGUCCAUUUUGUUGCCUUCUACUUGAUCUUCCUCAACAUCCCAGAAGAUGCCCCUAUUGUGUUAAAAACCAACACACAGCACAAACCAUAUCUCACACCAAGUGUAUCAAUUGCCCUGCUGUGCAGUUUCUUGUUGGGUCUUGGCGACAGUUGUUUCAACACUCAGUUAUACAGCAUCUUGGGGCGUGUGUAUGCUGAGCAAAGUGCACCUGCCUUUGCCAUCUUUAAAUUUAUUCAGUCCAUCUUUGCAGCGAUCGCCUUCUUCUACAGUGGCUAUCUACUUCUGACAUGGCAGCUCCUACUAAUGGUGAUCUUGGGCUUUACUGGAACACUCUGCUUCUUUAUGGUGGAGAGAAUGCAACAUUUCUCUGUUGAUCUGCAAGAAUACUAGCGGAAUUGUCAUCACAAUUUCACUACUGACAGUUAAGUAUAGUAAAACGGUAAUUUCCUGUUUAACACUAACGAUGCCUGACAUUUUCUGUUUUAGCGUUUAACUUACAUUUUUAUUCUGCACACAAUACACUAAGUUGUACCUUGCUCUUAUUUAUGUAUAUUAAUGUAGACUUCUCUUUACAUGCACACAACCUUUGCUGUCACUCUCUCAGGGUUGAUGUAUAAGAUUUUCUUACACUUGCAAAAGUGUUAUUCAUCAAACAUAUCAUGAUUCCUCAAGAAACUUUUAUUAAUAUAAAUCAAUAUCAGCUUAUUGAUAAAAUGUUUGACAAGUGGCAGUCACCAAAGAUUUCACAGGAAUUACUUCUUGAAUGUGUAUUUAUCAAUUGUACAGUUGUGUGUGUGUGUGUGAUGAAACCAUUUUAUAAUUGUUAAGAAGAAUACACCAGCGCUUACAAUCCUUCACGUACCCAUUGUCUUGCAAUGCAAUGCAACCACUACUUUGUGACUUAUUUGGAAAUCUUUUUGAGCUUUGAUACAAUCCAUUUUUUUAAAUGUAGAAGUAGUUACAACAAUGUAUAAAUGAGAAUUUAUAGCUAAUAAUUUUUAUAAAUAUCCUGUCAGUAAUACCCACAAUUCAUUUUGUCUCUACCUUUUAUAAAUAAAGCUAUUUACAAAAGUAUAGUACACUUUAAUAUCUU